AUGUCAUACAACAAAGGCUAUUACCAUCGAGGGUAUAGUGGUGGCUAUAGAGAUAGCCGAUAUAGAUCUAAUUAUAGGGGGCACGACGAUCAAUAUAGGAACAAUCAAGGAAAUCGAAGUGAUGACUCAAGAGUCGGGGGAAUGUUGAAUCUAAACAAAGGUAGUCAUUAUGAUGCAAGCGAAAACCGAUAUAUCCCAGGAGCAUCUCAGAAUGGAGGAGGGAGUUCGUAUUCAUCAGAGAGAAAUUCGAGAACACCACAUCAUCAUGCCUCAUCUGAUAGUUUGACUUCUUCUGGUAUGAGUACUCCAAUGUCACACGCGGCUGCGGAACAACAACAAAGGAAUACUGGAUCAACUAGUAUAACAACCGGAGAGAAUCAUAAGGAUUCGGAAUUUGCUAAAUUACUUCUUCAUAGCGACAAUACCAAGAUAUUGCCAUUCAGUCGACCUGUAGAUCCGAAAAAGAACUAUAAGGUUAUGUAUGAUCCUGAAUUCGAUAAGAAUUUAUCUAAAGAAGAAAAGAAAUCAAAAUCGAAAAAGAUAAGAUUCAAUGGAGAAGGAAUAGAUUCAAAAGAAUUGGCAGAUCCAAGGCUAUCUCAUCUAGCACAAUAUUUCCAAAAACCUAAUAAAAAGUCUAAAAAAUUUCCUUUCAAACAAUUACCCCAACCCAAAUUCAUAUUCGAUAAAGAUUCAUUGGGUCCGGCACCCUUAACCCAAUUAGUGGUUUGGGACCUUCCAUCUACUACAAGUGAAGUAUAUCUAUCUAAUUAUUUCAAGAGUUAUGGAGAUGCAAUUGAAGAGAUGAAGUUCAUUAAUGAUCCAGAUUAUGGAGUUUCAUUAGGAAUUGCCACUUUUAAGUUCCAAGGAAAUCCAGAAAAGGCUAUGAGAUUGGCCAAAAAAUUGAUUCAAACCGUUAAGAUUGAAACUCCAAAAGUUGAUGGGGUUCCUCUUAAAAUUGCAUUGAAUGAUAGUGAAGGUGAAUUAUUAAAUCGAAAAAUGAGAACAGCUAAAGACAAGCUAAAAGUACAAAUAUUAAAACGAGAGGAAGAAGAAAAGAAACGACAGAAACAAUUAUUAGAAGAACAGAAGAAGAAUAAUGAAUUGAAGAAGAAAGAACUCGAAGAGAAGAAGAAGCAAGCAGAAUUGGCAAAGACGAAAGCAAAAGACGAGCCUCCAACUAAAUAUAGACCAAAUUCAACUAUUCUUUCAAUCAGACGACAAAAUAAAGUCGUUAAUGGGGUGUUUAUGCCUAAAGAUUUGAAUAAAUAUAUUAAAGAUCGUCCAUACAUUUUUAUUCAAGACAAGUAUGUACCGACCAAGAAGAUUUCAUCUCAUGAUAUUAAACGAGUUCUUAAUAAAUACGAUUGGACAAGGGUAUUAUCUGAUAAAACUGGAUUUUAUAUUGUUUUCAACUCCCUAAAAGAAUGUGAACGAUGUUUUAUGAAUGAAGACGGAAGGAAAUUCUUCGAAUAUAGAAUAUAUAUGGAAUUGGCGAUACCAGAAGGGUAUUCUAAGGAUGAAAAUGAAGAUACAGAAACCUCUUCAAACAAGAAUGACAUUAUAGAAGAAGCUACCAAUAUGUUAAUUAAAGAAUUUCAAACAUUUUUGGCUAAGGAUAUUCGAGAAAGAAUCAUUGCUCCUGCAAUUUUGGAUUUACUUGGUCAUGAAAAUUAUCCAAAAUUAGUAGAAGAAUUAAAGAGUCAAGAAGAAAUAAUCAAACCUAAACCUAUAAUAUCAAAUAAUCAGUUGAAACUAGAUGCAUUAUCAAUUCUCGAGAAAAAGAGACAGCAACAAAAACUCUCCUUACCUUCCUUCCGCAAAAUUGAUGACAAGGUGAAUAAACGAAAAGCAAGAAAAAAUUUAGUGCCUAUGCAGCAUGCACUUAAUUUCGAUGAAGAAGACGAAGAUGAGGACGAGGAAGAUGAGGAAACUAGUCGGUCAGUCACUCCUGUUGUUUCUUUGAAACGUGAUCGUAGUUCAACUGUUACAAGUCCUGAAGAGGAAGAAGAGGAUAAUGACCAAUAUGUUAAAAAGCGGAAGAGAACUAAAUUAGCUAGAGCAUUAGAAUCUGAUGUGUCAUCGGAUGAAGAAAUGGAAGAAGAGGAAGCAGAAGAAGAAGAAGAACAAGUGGUUGAAGAGAAAGAAGAAGAAGAAGAAAUGGUUGGGCCGAUAUCUAUGGAGAUUGAUUAUGCGGAUGUUGAUCUUAAGUACCAGCCAACAGAAGAAGGUUCAGUUACAGUAUAUCCGGAAUUACCACCAUCUGCUGUGUUUGAUUUGGAAGCUCUUCAAAAUAUCUUAAAGGAUGAGGAAGAUUUGAAAAUCGCUCAAGAAGUACUCAAUGAAGCCGAAGUUAGUUCCGCAAAUACUAAGAACAUCGAAUAUUGGGCAUGGAAACAAAAGGCAUCUAAACUUGUUGCUCAAGAGAUCGCUGCAGAAGAAGUUGAAAAUAUCGAAGAGUUACCUUCUCAUUUGGAAUCAGAAUCCGGUUCAUUCCGUAGUGAACCAUAUAGAAAGAUUAAUGAUGCCGAUAAGAUUCAUUACUUACCUCAUCGUCGAAAAAUACAUAAACCACUCAAAACCAUCCAAUAUGAAGAUGAUGAUGACGAAAAAAUCAAUGAAAAUAAUGCUAUUCAAAGUUCUCGUGUCAAUAGAGCCAAGAAUAGGAGAUUUGCUGCUGAUAUUACUGCCCAGAUUGGUUCAGAAUCAGAAAUAUUGAGUUUGAAUGCGUUGACGAAACGUAAGAAGCCAGUAACUUUUGCAAGAUCGGCAAUUCACAAUUGGGGAUUAUAUGCCAUGGAACCUAUUGCAGCUAAAGAAAUGAUUAUUGAAUAUGUGGGUGAAAGAAUCAGACAGCAAGUUGCCCAACAGAGAGAACAUGGAUAUUUGAAGACUGGUAUUGGAUCUUCAUAUCUUUUCAGAAUUGAUGAGAAUACAGUUAUUGAUGCAACAAAGAAAGGUGGGAUUGCAAGAUUUAUUAAUCAUUGUUGUAGUCCAAGUUGUACAGCUAAAAUUAUUAAGGUUGAAGGUAAAAAGAGAAUUGUCAUUUAUGCAUUAAGAGAUAUUGAGGCAAAUGAAGAACUUACUUAUGAUUAUAAAUUUGAGAGAGAAACUAAUGAUGAGGAACGUAUUAGAUGUCUUUGUGGUGCUCCUGGUUGUAAAGGUUACUUGAAUUGA